AUGUCUGUGUCAAGGAACCAGAGCCUUGAGUGGCAUCACUUUGUUGCAUACGAGUUCAUUUGGCCAAUGAUGAUUGGGGUUGCAACAGCGUACAUCAUAGGGCCGGAGUUUGGACGGAAUCCCGGGUACGUCCAGCACUGUGUUGACUUUUGCUGUCAGGCGAGCGAGUUUCGCGACCUUCGUGGCAUGUUUCCAGAGACUCUUCGGCCACUUAUCUGGCGAUUCUCACGGUGCGGUCGGGAUUUGCAGUCCACAAUUGCGAGCAGCAAGUGCCAACUGAUGCCCGAAAUCCGCCGGCGGAUUGCUAGUGCGCGAGCCGGGAAGCUCGCUCAAAGCCGUCACACUUUAGUCGAUGCAACAAUUGGGAUCAAGAUGAAGAAAGGAGAGAUUGGGCGAGACACUGCACUAGCGGACGAAGAAAAGAAGGUCAGUGGACUCGCCGGGGACUGCUUACUGAGCGCCCUUGAGAUCGCAUUCCCGAUCGCCGCAUAUGUUGUUGGGAUGAUGAACUAUGCCGUUGCCGAACCUAUAUAUGCAGACGUGCUGCGGAAGGAGAUUCGUUCCGCCCUGCACUCCACAGGCGGGGAAUGGCCCAUAGACAUUCUGGAUCGGAUGCCGCGGUUGGAGAGCUUUGCUCGCGAAACCGUCCGGUGCGAUACAACUUCCGUGUUUACGGCCACGCGCCGUCUUCAGAAGCCAGUCCGGCUCGACUCCAUCGGCCGGACGUUAGAUCGAGGCAAUUUCGUCGCCGUGCCUGCGCAGUGGCUCCACCAAAGCCCAGACAUCUAUCCUGAGCCAGACAGCUUUGACGGGUGCCGCUUCUAUGACCCUGACACCAACAGCUGCCAUCCCCGUGCGGCAACGGGUGACUCAAACUUCUUGCCCUUCGGCUAUGGGGCCGAGAUGUGUCCUGGGCGAGGAUUAGGUAUGCGACAGGCACAGCUAGCCUUUGCCAAGAUUCUUAUCUCUUUUGAUGUGGAUUCUUAUCCUGUACGAGGUGUCAAGACGUUCAAUAGAGUAGUGGGUGCCGCGGUUACUCUUGAUCGGGAGUUGAAGUUACAGUGGAGGAGACGCAAUUCCAGUUGA